GCCCCUCUAGACUAGUAAUCAGAAUGCAGAUUUUGGACGCGUUUUUAAUUUUCGGUCUUGUGGCCUCGGUUGCUUGCUACGAAUGCAAGUCCACUGGCAAUACCAAUGUAACUGCCAAUGGUGAGCAGACGCGCAACGGCCAAUUUCCGCAUCACGUAUUGGUAGUGUCCACCUUCUCCGAGGGUAAGCGCUACUGCAGUGGAGCCUUGGUGAGCCGAAAACAUGUCGUCACUGUUGCGCAGUGUGUGGAAGGAUCCAGCAAAGUGGAAGUAACUCUUGGCGCCCAGUGCCUAUUGGCUGAUUCUUCAAGUAAUAAGUUCCGUUACACGUUUACUGCCUUGGAGCAUUUCGUCAAGGAAGGAUACAACAGCGAUACGUUUGAAAAUGAUGUGGCUAUCAUUAGGUUUACCGAUGAGGACGUUCGUUUGCCUCCGUGGAUCAAACCGGUAGCCCUACCAACGGCCGAUGAACAAUACGUCCAUGAUGAGGUAUACACCAGCGGAUAUGGACUGUUGAACUACCAAACCACCAACGCGGCCGAUUAUCUCGAAUUUACGACAUUGCGUGUGCUCAGCUACGAGCAGUGCCAGCAGGAAUUUGAAUUUGUUACUCCGGAAACCGGAAGAUUCUGCGCCCAGCGAGAUGAAGAAGAACCGAAUUGUGUCAGUGAUGUGGGAAGUCCGUUGGUGUUCAAGCGAGAGGGAUACAAGCAGUAUACCUUGCUGGGAUUGACAAGCUUCGGACAGAAGUUCGCUUGUCAGUUCGGCAAUGCUGGUGCUUUGCAGGAGGUUAGAAAUCACGUUGAGUGGUUACAAACGUUUUUGGAGUAGGGUGACAAGUAGAUUUUUUUAAAGGAAUAGGUACAUUAUUGAAGAUUGCAAUAAUAUUUCUAAUAAACAUAUUACCAAUAAAAUUCUUUAGUAAA